CUUUCUUGUGUGUCUCUUUUCCUCAGGCACAGACAUCCCUGCUCAUGCAUCAUUAGUGUAUCACAUUCUCCUGGAAGACCUCCACAACCCUAAAGAUGACAUCAUUGUGGAGGUCAUGGAAGCUCCUGAACCAUGUACACGCAAGUCUGUUGCAGGCGAUUACAUUCGCUACCACUACAAUGCUUCCUUCCUCAAUGGCAUCACAUUUGACUCCAGCUAUCAGCACAACCAUACGUACAACACAUACAUUGGAAUGGGCUACAUGAUCGCUGGCAUAGAUAAAGGCUUGCAGGGUGUGUGUACAGGAGAGAGGAGAAGAAUCAUCUUGCCACCUCAUCUUGCAUAUGGCCAGCAGGGGGCAG